AUGACCGCGUUGGUGGACGAAGCUCCGGCCCAAAAUUUGCAGCAGACCGCGGUCGUGCCCCGACCCUCGUCGGCGGUGGUCGUGAGGAGCGCGUACAAACAGUACGGUCAGACGGCCAUACUCAAAGACUUGAACCUGACUAUUCCAACCGGGAAAAUAUACGGGCUAUUGGGACCCAGUGGUUGUGGAAAAACGACUCUACUGAGCUGUAUCGUCGGACGUUUACAUUUAGAUUCCGGAGAGAUCAAACUCAAAGGCAAACACAUAUCCGACAUCGGAUAUAUGCCACAAGAAUUGGCAUUGCACAAUGAAUUAUCCAUAAAGGAAACGUUCACGUACUAUGGUUACAUAUUUAAUUUGUCAAAUGAUGUUAUCGAAACAAGAGGCCGAGAACUAAAGGAGCUCUUGAAAUUGCCAUCGUACAGUCUAAGUCUAAACGAGAUUAGUGGUGGUCAACAAAGAAGAGUGUCUCUUGCAGUAGCGAUGCUCCAUGACCCAAAACUGUUAAUUCUAGAUGAACCUACAGUUGGCCUGGAUCCUUUGAUUAGCCAAAGCAUUUGGGAACUUCUAUUGGAUCUGACAUCGAAUGAAGGUAAAACAGUGAUAAUCACUACGCACUAUAUCGAAGAAGCAAAACAGUCACAAAUGAUUGGUCUGAUGAGAAAAGGUACUCUUCUUUCCGAAGCAUCCCCAACAGAACUAUUGACUUCAUGCAAUUGUUCGUAUUUGGAGGAAGCAUUUUUGAAGAUUUGCCAAAACCAAGUUGCGGAGACAAACAGUUUCAAAAUACCAGUAAAACAACCUACAAGAAGGUUUUCUUACGCUCGAGAUUUGCCCCCACCGCCGUUGUUAAACAACACAUUAUUCACAUUUGGUCGUUUCAAAGCUCAGGUGUGUAAAAACAUUUACCUGUUGAGAAGAAACAUACCGUUUACUCUAUUUGUGAUCUUCUUACCACUGAUACAGACAGUAUUAUUCAACGUCGCAUGUGGCCAUGAUCCGAAACAUUUGACAUUGGGUAUAUUAAACGAUGAGCCUGUAAGUCAAACGGGUACGUGUUCAUUGAUGCAGACAAAAAAUUGUUUUUUGGACGGAGGCGUGCCGGUCAGUUGCCUGGUGUUGGAAAGAUUAAAAGAAAAGACUUUCGAAUUGGUUGAAUAUUCCAAUUCAGAUGACGGCCAGUAUGCAGUAUCAGAAAACAAGUCUGGGGAUUCCUUCAUGUUUCGAAAAAAACUUCAGUAG